AGACUCGCGGUCCAGCGCUUCGUCUUUACCGUUGUUGACGAAGUCGCCGUGACACGACGCCCUCGAUAGACGCCUCCAACCGACGCAACCGCUACAUCGCGACGCUCCGUUGGUUUACACAUCGGUGCCGGUUGCGCGCCAUUUGAAUUUGAGGUUAACUCCUCGAGCACUGAGUUUACGAUGACAAAAUAUUUAUGAAGGGCAUGUUUGCUAAGUUCGUUAACAGUUUUUUAUUUAUUAUUUUCAUAAAUGAAAUAUCGUGCUUAAAGGAAGUGACGUUAGACAUUCAACCCAACAUUGUAGAAUACGGUGGUUCGAUUACAUUGAGAUGUACUUACAAUCUACAGGGUGAGCCGUUAUAUACAGUAAAAUAUUACAGAGGAACUCACGAAUUCUACAGAUAUACUCCGAAAGAACUGCCAAGCACUAAAACGUUCACAUAUAAUGGAGUCAAUGUUGAUUCACAAAGCUCUAACGAACACCAGGUGGUAUUACGCGAUGUUGGUUUCAGCCUCUCGGGGAAGUUCAGCUGUGAAGUGACCACUGACGCUCCAAAUUUCUCCACCGCCACAGUUUCAGAAGAAAUGUUAGUUGUGGUAUUACCGACCAAUUCUCCAAGUCUUAGCACGGAUAAAAGUUUUUACGAUAUUGGUGAUGUAUUAAGUGCCAGCUGCACGUCGCCAUCAUCCAGACCCGCUUCAAAACUUACCUUCAUUUUAAACAAUAUAGAGGUAUGCCAAACGUGUUAUAGGAACAAAACCCAAGUCGGCGAAUUAUUUGAAAGCAGAUUAUUCAUGACAUUGCCACUUUUCGAGUCUCAUUUCAACAACGGUCGACUUACAUUAAAGUGUGUCGCCAAAAUUGGAGAUUUUUAUCAACAAGAAACCGAGAUUAUAUUUGAUAAUAGCAAAGAUCCCGUCCCCGAGAAAGUUACAGCUGAAAAUAAAACUUUCACCAACGACUACCGUCAAGUGACGAUGUUUUCGAUAAUAGCUGCCAUUGUUUGUGUAUUACUGUGAAAUAAAUUUAUGUAACAGAAUUAAGGAUAUUCAAUAUUCAUAAGAAAUGUUAUGUUUAGCUUAAGUCAUUUAUAAAAUUACUUUGUAUAAUCAGUUCUAUUAAGAGUAAUAAAAAUAUUUGUACGA